AUGUCCUCUAGGAAUCUUACAUCACGCUCCCCACAUGUGGAGUCGAACUCUAACACGGGUUCAAGUGAUAGUAGUGAAGCGACAGAUCCAUUCAAUCAAGAAUAUGAAAUGCAGAGCUAUGAUGACUCUUCGACGCACUCGCACGGUUCCAAGCAAGGCUCUGCAGCUACAAACGGUACCACGGAUGAUCAGCAAAGGCUUCUAAACUACAAUUCGAGCUAUCAUAACUCGUCUUCAUCGAUUGUGAAUCCGUUUGGAUCGACUAACAACCUCAUCAACUCAAGUACAGGUGCAGGUGCAGCCUCUGAGCUUGACCGCUAUCCUCAGGGACUAACUGGGUCAAGAGUGGCAUCGAUGGCAUCCCUGGGCUCGAGCCGAUCGACAAUUCGUCACUCACAGCUUCCAGGUGCAUUGCCGAGAUCAUCCUCUAUGGUAAACAGCCCUUCACUGGCCCAUAGUGACUAUUCGCGGUCGUCAAAUUCCUCCGAUAAGUCGUCUGAGAAAUCGUCCUCGAGUCCUUUCGUGGUUGACUCUGAUUUUUCUCCGUUUGGUGGCUAUCCAGCUUCGUCUUUCCCCCUUCACAUUGAUGAGAAGGAGGAUGAUGACUAUCUACACAACCCAGACCCAAUAGCUGACGCAGACUACGAGAAGCACCGGUUCUGGUAUGAUCUCAAGAGUCUCGACAAGCGUUCUUCAUGGGCCUUGGGCGGGAUUCUUUUUUUCCUCUUUGGAAUUAUUGGUGUGUUUAUCAUCCUUCCAGCUGCAACUUAUGCAAGUAACGCCACGAAAAAAAUGAUCCCAGAGACUUACAUCGAGCUUUCCGAUUACACAUACCCGCAGUUGAGCGCCAUAAGAACGGAUUUGGUUGAUCCGGACACUCCAGACGAUGCCAAGACAAGAAAGGCCAAGGAUGGCUCACUUUGGAAGUUGACGUUUAGUGAUGAGUUUGCCGCCGAAGGUCGUACUUUCUAUGAUGGGGAUGACCAGUUCUGGUAUGCUCCAGACUUACACUAUGCUGCCACCAACGAUUUGGAAUGGUAUGAUCCAGAUGCCGCUACCACUGCCAAUGGUUCUUUACAGCUUACCCUGGACGCUUUCAAGAAUCAUAAUUUGUUCUACCGGUCCGGUAUGCUACAUUCCUGGAACAGGAUGUGCUUCACGCAGGGUGUUAUGGAGGUGAGUGUGCAGUUACCCAACUACGGUAAUAUUACUGGUUUGUGGCCUGGUAUGUGGUCCAUGGGCAACUUGGGUCGCCCAGGUUAUCAGGCUACUACCGACGGUGUGUGGCCAUAUUCGUACGAAGAAUGCGAUGCGGGAAUUACUGCAAACCAGUCUUCACCCGACGGCAUAUCGUAUCUUCCAGGCCAAAGGUUGAAUUCAUGCACUUGCAAAGGUGAAGAUCACCCAAACAGAGGUGUUGGUCGUGGAGCACCGGAAAUCGAUAUUCUCGAGGCGGAAGUCGACACAAAUAUAAGAGACGGAGUUGCUUCGCAGUCCGCCCAGAUUGCUCCUAUGGAUAUCUGGUAUAUGCCGGAUUACAACUGGAUCGAGGUCCAUAACAAGUCUAUCACAUCGAUGAACACUUAUGCUGGUGGUCCAUACCAGCAAGCUAUUUCUGCCACCACCACUUUGAAUACCAAGUGGUAUGAGAAGGGAACUGGUGAGAGGUACUUCCAAAAAUAUGCCUACGAAUACUUGAACGAUGACAAGGAUGGCUACAUCAGAUGGUUUGUUGGAGAUGACCCAACUUUCACAAUGCAUGCUUAUGCAAUGGCCCCUAACGGUAACGUUGGAUGGAGAAGAAUCACCAAGGAACCAAUGUCGAUGAUCUUGAACUUGGGUAUCUCCAACAACUGGGCUUACAUUGACUGGCCUUCCAUCAGUUUCCCAUCUGUCAUGCAGGUGGACUAUGUCCGUAUCUACCAGCCGAACGACUCGGUGUCCAUGACUUGUGAUCCCGAUGAUUAUCCAACCUACGAUUACAUCGAGAACCAUCUCAAGGCCUACGAUGAUUGGAAUUACACCCAAUGGUCCAGUGCUGGUUACACAGUUCCAAAGAACAAGCUUGUUGAUGGAUGUUAA